AUGUGUGCUAAGGCACCUGCUGGCCAGGAGCUGGGAUUUGCUCAGGACCCUGGGGGACAGGCUGACCACACUCCCCAACAGGCUGGCAAUGGACGGGCACAGACUGGCCCCAUUCAGGGACCUGCUCAAGAUGAGUGGGCACGGGCUGGACAGGCUCACUAUAAGUGGGGACAGGCUUGCCAUGCUCUGGGAUGGGCUCACCAGGCACCUGCUGAUAAGAGGGCUACUAGUAGGGAGACUUACAAUGACUGUAACGGAAACCUCCCACUGAGAGGAGCUCCCAUGAACAGGGAGGACAAUGUGAGCUGUGACCCAUUUGGCCAAAGCAAGGAGGGGGUGUUCGGCCAGUCUGUUGGGAAAGUUUGGAAUCCAACCAAGGCACUGGCCUGGAAGGCUGAGCUGUCUGGGUGCUCUUUGACCUUGAACCCCAACUCAAGCAUUGUUUGGGUUCAGCUCAGGGAAAUGGGCCCCUGA